GCUCCGACCAUGGCUACCAAUGGUGGCCCUUCUGCUGCACCUGGUGGUGACAACCGAUCUGAUGAGGGCGGAGGCUCGAACAAUCUGAUAACGCAAAUGUUCCCCUCGAUUGUAGAGCUGAAUGUCGGCGGAGUUUUCUACACAACUUCACUUUCUACCCUCACUCGAAAUCCUGAUUGCCUUCUCGGCAAAAUGUUCACGGGGAAAUCAAAAAAUUUAGUUUUGCGUGACUCCAAAGGCAAGUUUUUUAUCGACCGGGAUGGUGUACUUUUUCGUUACAUUCUGGACUUUCUGAGAAACCAAAAGCUGGUCUUGCCUGAAAAUUUUAGUGAGAAGGAGAGGUUGAGAAACGAGGCCGUGUUCUUUGAAAUCAUUGACAUGCUCGAUGCCCUCGACGCCCGAAAAGUGGUCGUGCCCUUGGAUCCAUCCGUGGGUUCAGACGAACGUUCCGGCUGCAUUGUGGUCGGCUACAGAGGUUCUUUCGCAUUCGGCAGGGAGGGACUUGCUGAUGUCAAGUUUCGCAAGCUCACGCGUAUUCUGGUGUGUGGACGUGUGAGUUUGUGUCGCGAGGUAUUCGGAGACACUCUGAAUGAAUCCCGGGAUCCAGACAGGGGUCAAGUCGAUCGAUAUUCUGCACGAUUUUUUCUGAAGCAUAUGUUUUUGGAACAAGCUUUCGACAUGCUGAUUCAGGCGGGUUACCGCUGCUGUGGCUCUUGUGGAACAGGAACAUCCGGUGCACCGUCUGAAAAGAAACCUGGAGUGGACAAUGAAGAGGAACGCUGGAACCACUACAACGAAUUCGUCUGGACUAGAGUCUAAGCUGGAAUUGUAUCGUACUUAUUAAUUUUGAGGUGAUGGAGGUAAAACAUGGGUCACAGCGAGAUCGGUAAAGAAUGGGCAAAUACUACAACCGUUCGAUUUGCAAUCGAUUUGCAAAAAGUGAAAUACGUGGUUCA